AUGGAGGGUAAAGUUUGGCGACCCGGCCCAACUGUUUGUCGUUGCUGUUUAUCUGAAGGAUGCUAUAAGGACAUUUCUACGGAAUAUUUCUGGAUGGGAAAGAAAGAGGUUUACGCAGACAUGCUUUCAGAUACCUUCGAUCUAUCUAUUCAAUAUGCACCGACUGGUGGGCCGAACAGUCAGAGUCGUUUGAUAUGUGAACCAUGCAUCUCCAGGCUACGGGAUGCCACCGACUUUAAGCGACAGAUUAAGGAAUGUGAACAGACUUUUAUGGAAUACCUGAACCCUAGUACAACUGUUGAUAUUGAAAUUCCAGUGGAACCUGAGAAGGAAGUCAAAACUGUAACCGUCAAAGUUGAGAAACCGUUGAGCGAUGAUGAUGACUUUGGUGAUACGGAAUUACUUGAUGAUGAUGAUGAUGAUCUUGACGAUGAGCCUCUAAUGAGUUUAGCAUCUAAAGUUCCGAAGAAAGAGAGUGUAGAUGAGACGGAUUUAAUAGACAAUGCGAAAGCGGAAAAGCGAAAAUCAACGACAAAAGCAAAGGCAACACCUAAAAAGGCGAAAGUUAAAGAGGCAAAGCCGUCCGUGAGCAAAGCUAAACCGGAGAAGAAGAAGAAAGCUGAAACAGAGGACCCUGUACGGAAAAACGCGGAAAUAAUUAUGCGACAAACAACAGCUAACCCAUUUCGCGUUAACGAUAGGUGUGUACUAUGCGUUUACUGCCAGGAUUUAUUUGAGGAUCCUGACGAAUUCCGCUCCCAUAUGAGCGUAGAACACCAUGCGUUCAGCUCGAAAGUAGCUUUCUACAACCUACCCAAGUCCGAGUUCAUUAAAGCCGAUAUCACAGACCUACAAUGCCGUGUUUGCUCGGAGAAGUUUACUGAUAUUGAGACCGUAGCAAGGCAUUUGAAUGAGUCGCACAACGAGCGAAUAGAAUUCAACGCAAAACUCGGCGUGAUGCCAUACAAGUUGCUUAAAGGUGCACUAGCGUGUACAAUAUGUUUCAAACCGCUACCGUCCGUGUUCCACUUGAACCGCCACACGAUAACCCACUUCCAAACCUAUGUUUGUCACGUCUGCGGCAAAAGCUACGUAGCUACCACAGGUCUUCUACGCCACGUGCGUCUAAAGCAUCAGCAGUACGAAAUUACAUGCAGAAAUUGUGGGAAGGUCUUCCCCAAUAUGGAAGCGAAGGAUAAGCAUCAUAGAACGGAGAAAUCGUGUAUGUUAUACACGUGUACUAAAUGCAAGGAGCGGUUUCAGGAUCACAACGCCAGAGUUAAACACAUGGAGACGAAGCACGGUCUCAAUAAACGCACGUAUAGAUGUGACGAUUGCAAUAUGACUUUCAAUAGUGUGUCGGCGUAUUAUGCACAUUUUAAAGUACAUCAUUCGAAUGAUUAUAUCGUCUGUAAACAUUGCGGGCAGAAGUUUACGUCGAGAUGGCGUUUGCAGCGGCAUUUGAGUAAACAUAACUUUUGA